CACCUUUAGUUGAUCAAUUAAUUAAUUUAUGGAAGGGAAUAGACUUAUCGAAAACUUUUGAACAUCCUAAUGGAAAAAUAAUUAAAGGAGUCAUUAUUUAUUAUUCUUAUAAUAUACCUGUAGCAAGAAAGCUUUGCGGGUUUAUCUCUGCGAAAAUUACAUAUCAUAGAUAUCUUAAACAUGCUAAUUUUGAUGAUAAAAAGCAGACGAAUUUUGGCAAAUUGGACAAUAUAAAUAGCUAA